UGAACUUCCUUGUUCGUAUUUAUUGUAGCUGUCGUCUCAACCAUGGUGAAGAUGUUGCCGAUAAUAUUGAAGUUUGUGUUGAUACAGCUUUGCCUUGGAGUAAUUCAUUCUGAACUGGUGAAUAUUGCACUAAACAAAGCGACAACAACCAUGAGCUCAGGUAUUGAAACUAACACCGGACAAGGGGCUGUGGACGGCAGUGCCAACGACGUCAACUGCACCGCUUUGGUCACAACGAGUAACGAGGUAGCCUGGUUGCGGAUUGAUCUUGAAACGACCGUCAAAGUGCACAUCAUUGUGAUACACCCAGGAUCACAGUCCUCCAGUAACCUCACCUGGCACAGACCGCAGGUGUACGUAUCUAACAGGCCGGAGAUAACCAGUCGUCCUGAUGAUGAAGACCUCUGCAAUCUGCUCAGCAGCACAUUGGCAUCCAGCUUGAAUGCCACCUGUGGAAACAGAGGCCGCUUCGUCUUUGUCAGAAACAUCCAUAGCUUCUAUCUCUGUGAGGUCCUGGUGUAUGUGUGCUCAAACGGCAGCUAUGGGCCCGACUGUUCACAGAGAUGCGGGUAUUGUGGAGGGGGGUCCUGUGAUGCAGAGACUGGCGUGUGUGGGAGUGGAGGCUGCUUGGAGGGGUAUUCUGGAACAAACUGUAACAUACACAGUCCUAAUUCAGGGAUGUCAGCACCCGUUGCCGCAGUCAUUGGUGCCGUCAUUAUGCUUUUCCUGAUAAUAGCAGUUGUGGCUGCUAUUUGCUGUUUCUUCUACUGUAGAGUUCGCAGGAACACAAGUGGGGCUGGUCCAAUCAGUCGUCGGCAUUCUGAAGACCGGGUAAAUAACAACAGUCGUCAAGGGAUACUAAGUCGGUCAUAUGUUCGCUUCACAAGUCUCUUCAGAACCCCAAGAGAACCGGUCGUUGAUGUUCAUCAGACACGUCGCAAGUCCAUCGACCGUAGAUCUACACAAGAUCCACCGCGAAACGACGUCUACGUCCGCAAGAAGUCAGUAACGGACGAGUCUGGUGUCGCAGUGAAAGAGUCAAACGCGAACAAUGGUGUCACUGCAGAUGAUCCAGUAGUGCAGCCGGGAGUUGAUAAUUGUGCAUUUGAAGAUGAAGACCCACACAUGUACGAGGAGCCGUUAUCGGAUCCCUCAGUUGAAUCAGAGUAUCUUGCAAUGGGGGGAGAAAACCACGCUGACCAGAAUUACGAAAACCAAGGCGCAGAGCCUGACGAUGAAGACCAACCGGUGUAUGAAGCCAUGGAGAUACCAGGCAACAAAGGCAGCAAGCUGUCAUUCAAUAUGCAAUCAGUGCCUGAUCACCCCAACAUGGACGGAGAAUGUUAGACAAUCAGUUGACCUGAAACGUGUGUAUGAAGAAGCGUGCCUUUCUUGCAGCUGCCUCGACGGAGAAUGUUUGACUGUCAGUUGGCAAGUGGCAAGACGCUGGUUCUAACUGGUUCUAACUGGCUGCAGCAGUGGUGAAUGUUUCAUUACACUUACAACAAGUGAAUGAGGACACAUAGACUCAAGUGAAAUGAGGUGCUUGUGAAUGUUAGGGAAUCAUUUGACAUACAACUAGUGUAUGGAGACACGGGAUGUCAGACAAAAAACAUUAAUAUGCAAAAAGGAAGUUUUCUUACAACGAUGACAAAGAGAAGUGUAUCAUGCUUACGAAUGGUUCAUGCUAGGCUGUCAUUUGACAGAAAACACGUUUAUAAAGCUAAGUAUAUGUUUCACAAAUGUUAGAGAACGGGAAGUUGGUAAACAGAAGAAAAUGCUUACGUACAUGAUUAGUUAGUUGAAACAGAAUUUUAUGGUUUAGCUGAGUGAAGUGAGUGAUGUUUCUUUGAUAUUGUCACUCAGAAUUUGUACAUAUAUUUCAAUCAUCCGUACCUGCCAGCUGUAUAUAGUUUAAAUUUGAGCUCAGGAAGCGCUUUGAGCAUAUCCCUGUGACGUGGAAAGGCGCUAUAUAAAUGGCCUAUUAUUAUGAUGAUUAUUAUUAUUACGUAAAUAGCUCAUGUCACAUGUAACCCGUAAUAGCUCAGGUGUAUGUCAUUUGGUCAUAAAAAUAUGUAAUUUCAUUGUUAAUAACUCAACAUAUAUCGGGUUUUGAAUAUU